UCUCCCUUCCCCCUCUCUCUCGCUAAUCUCUUCCAAGUCGAAAAAAAGAAAAAAAAAGAAAAUAGAAAUUUGAAUAAAAAAAAAGAAAGGCUUCCAAGCAUCGACACGAUGGGAUUUCAUCUAUAUCGCUAGGAAUCGAUUGGAACCCUCGUCCCUAAAAAAUGGCUCAAAACAUACAUAAGCAUGCCCAGGAAACAGGCAUUUUAGAUGGAUCUAUAUCGUGUGCUCCAGUUGCCGAUGCAAUCGGUUCAUCGUCUUUGCUAUCUCCACCAUCAGAGUCCAGUCCCAAUAGAAGCAGUUCUCUCGGCAGUGGAUCCAUGGAUGCUGAAUCUCCUACAGAAUAUUUUGAUGCAAUGAUGAACAAUGAGCUUGUUAGUCAUUCAGUUGACGAGCAGCAUAAGUUAAACAAGUUUCUUUUUACCGUGGACCAAAGGUUGGUAGCAGGAAAGACGAACACAGAGGAUCUCAUUGCACAGUUGAACCAAGAGAUAGCUAUCAAAGAAUCCCUCAGUUUAAAGAAUGGAAAAAAUCCUGUAAAAUCCGAAAGUGCAUGUCCUGAUGGCGACAACGAAUCGUUAUUGCAAGAGUUAGAUAACAAAACAAAACAGCUAAUGGAUUUGCAAAAGCGUCAAGAUGAACUUGAGACGAAAUCAAAAUCAGAUAUUAGAGUUCUUGACAAAGAGGUUAGAUUUUUGAGGAGCAUUCAAGAAAAGCUAAAAGAUGAUUUAAAUCAAUAUCUAGAGGAGAAAAGUGAGCUAGAGAGAAUUCUUCAGAAAGAAAAACAAAGAAGAAGAGAGAUAGUAUUGGCAAGGAAAAAGCUUAUUUCUGCAUGUAAAGAUCUUCUUCAUCGGCUUCAAGAAUCAAGUGUUAAUUUUCUUGAGGAAGGAGAAGAUAAAUUUAAUGUCAACCCUUCAUCUUUAUCAGAUGCUUUAGGUCUCCUGACGACUUCAGAUACUAGAAUCUCCCUCCUCCUUGCAAAGGCACAACUCCUUGCUAAAGAUGGAUAUGGAGUUAGUGGUGUAGAUGAAAUCAAUAGUAUCACUGAUGAUGAUGAAAUGGCAUCAGAUGAUGAGAUAAGAAAACUGCUUUCAGAUAUUAUUGCUGAUAACACAACCUUAAGAAAGCAAAUCAAUUCUGUUGUUCGUUGUGCUCUGAAAACUACUGUUAAUCCUUUGAAGGAUGGAAGUGUGGAAGCUCCCCCGAGAAAAUCUUUUCUAAGUAUAUUUUGGCGAAAAUGACGACGUCUGACGAUUAUUGUAAAUUCCAUGAACGGAUGUACAUUGUGCAUAUAAUGCCUGUACAAUCUCGCUAUGGUCCUUGUGAGUAAACGCCACGAAAUGAAUUCAUCUUUAUACCUCUGUGACAUUAGUGUGACAAUUGUGCAAAUAGCUUGCGGUGAGAUUUUCUUU